AUGGCUUCAGAGAAAAUUGAAAAGAUUGACGACUCCAGAGAAAUUCCCGUCGAGAAAGAGAGAGUUCCUAAGAUGACCAUGCACUUCGAAUCCCUUGCUGGGAAAGCCAAAGGCACUGAGGCUCCCGGCGCCCAUGAUGAACGACGAGUCCACGCCAAGAUAGCAGAAGAAAGAGCCAAGACUGAAAGUGACACAGAUGUUCGAUCCAAUAAAGAAACACCGUCACUGUCGCAGGAGGAGAUCGGGAAGUACAGAGCAACAGCACAACAGAAAUCCGUGGAAGCAAUCAGGAACGUGGAGGAACGGAAAGCAAAAGCGAAGGAAUCCAGUGCUGCGGCUCAGUAUGCAGAGGAGAAGGGCGGAGCUGCAAAGGACACUGCCCUCGAAAAGGGUCAGCAGGCCUACGAAUACACCGCUGAGAAGGGUCAGAAGGGUGCUUCGGCCACAAAAGAUACCCUCGCGGGCGCUGGAAAGAAUGCCCUUAACUACACGGUGCUUGAGGCCGAGAAGACUAAGGAUGUUGUAGUUAAGGGCAGCGAGGCUACGUUACAUUACGCUGGGGAGAAAGCUGCAGGGGCUAAACACACUGCUGUAAAUGUGGCUAAGAGUGCUGCAAGCUACGCUGGUGAGACAGCAGUGGCAGCCAAGGACGUCACCUUGGAAGGUGGUAAAAAAGUGGCCGCUUCUGCAGCGCAGAAGGCCACUGUGGUUGGUUUGACUGCAGCAGAGGCUGCUGCAGCCGCUGGUCAUAAGGUAGCAGAGCACUCGGCAGAGAAGAUGGCAUCCGCUAAGAAAGCAGCCGAGGCAAAACGUCAAGACUGGACAGAGUAUACAGAAGAGAAACAGAGAGAAGGCAGAGACUGGGGAACCGGGUUAAGGCACAGGGGUGUAACCCAGAAGGCACAUGAGGAACAAGGAGGGACAGAAAGUGUAGGAGAGCUAUUAGGAGCUGUGGGCGAAACCGUAGCUGAAAUCGCACAGCGCGCUAAAGAAAUGGUUAUAGGCGGACCGCCUCAACAAAGAGAAUAGAUGUAAAUGGAGUAGUUUUAUUUUUGUCCUUGGAUUAGAAUUACACAAAGUAAUUAGUUACUUGGGUUUCUUCUAAUAGUCUGUUUGCCCCGUGUACGGUGUGUUUCAUGUAGAUGUGAGAGUGGCCAAUAAAUUUUUAUGAAAAUGAUUGAAGUGGUAGCAUUUACA